AUCAGCUACUACUACCACUACUUGCUAUCCACCAACCUCUAAUCACUAGUUUUAAAUUGUUAUACCAAGCAAUCCCUAAUGACUUAUUUGGUAUCGUGGUUAAAAUUCAAAUAACGAGUAACAAGUAGCAAAUGGCGGUUAGCAAAUAGUGAAUGGUGUAUGGUGGAAAUAGGUGGCAAAUUAUAGAUGAAUCAUCUUCAUCAUCUUGGGUUCCUCGUGGAACCCAGUGCGGGGUUCACAAGGAACCCAAAUCUGGGUUCCUCUCGAAACCCAGCACUGGCAUUGGGUCUGCGCGAAACCCAGCUGGCUUGGAUCAAAACGGGGAAGACGGGGAGGACCAUGGCAAUCUCCGGUUGGGGCAGCCGGAGCUGUACAAGCAAGCUGAUAGGGAGGAUCCCAAAGCUCUCCUUGAUGGCGUCGAUGUUGCUAGACUCGUUGGAAUCUUGCGCCAAUUAGGCGAUCUCGCUGAGUAUGUUUCUCGCGUUCUUAUUUGAUUUUGCUCUUCAAUUUUGGGGAUUGAUGAUGUUUCUAGUGUUGCAUGAAAAAUUUUGGAAAUUGAUUUUUGUUUUAAUGUUGAGUUUCAUAGUAUGUAUAGAUUGAACUCUGAAGAAUGUGAGGAUUGAUUGAACUGCAGGGGAAGGAUUUAGGCAAGCUAAAGCUGUAUUGUUUGUUAGUUUUUUAAAAAAUUUAAGGGAAUUGA